AUGCCGCACUCGGUAUCACCUAUUGGCUCUCUUGAACGAAAUGAUGAGGAAAUGACAGAUGCCCCCGUGGCGCCUGCCCCCGAGGGAGGUGUGAAAUUGGAGGAUAUGUUUGACGGUGACGACGAUGAGGAGUUCCCGGCUUCCAGUGCACAGGAUGUGAAGAUGCAAUCGUCUCCAGCUCCGGCGCCAGCAGACCCUGCCCCUGCUCCGAGCGGUGUUGACACCGACGUGAUGCUCAUGUUCUACCAGCGCCUCUUCCCGUUCCGAUAUCUGUUCCAGUGGCUGAACCAUGGAAUUGUGCCUACCCGCGACUUUGGCAAUCGAGAGUUUGCUUUGACACUCCAGAAUGACGCGUACCUCCGAUACCAGUCCUACCCCACUGCAGACCUGUUUCGAAAGGAUAUUCUAAGGAUGAAUCCAUCCCGUUUUGAAAUCGGCCCGGUAUACAGCACAAACCCCCGAGACCGCAAAACACUCCGAGGCGGCCAGAUGAAGCCGGUAUCCAAAGAACUGGUGUUCGAUAUCGAUAUGACGGAUUACGAUGACAUUCGAACAUGCUGUCAGAAGGCGAACAUUUGCCACAAGUGUUGGACGUUUGUGACAAUGGCAAUCAAAAUCAUCGAUACCUCUCUACGUGAAGACUUCGGGUUCGAACAUAUUCUCUGGGUGUACUCCGGUCGACGUGGUGCUCACGCCUGGGUUUGCGACCCACGUGCACGAAAUUUGCCUGAUGAUCGCCGUAGGGCGAUCGCGGGAUACCUGGAAAUUCUCCGCGGAGGUUCGUCAAGUGGUAAAAAGGUCAACCUAAAGCGGCCGCUCCACCCGCAUGUUACGCGGAGUCUCGACCAACUCAAAAACUCCUUCGCUCAGACUACCUUGAUCGAUCAAGAUACUUUUGCCAAUACCGAGCAGGCCGAGCGACUUCUCUCAUUACUCCCAGAUAAGUCCUUAAACGAGGCCCUGCGGAAGAAAUGGGAGUCAUCCCCAGAUCGCCCCAGUACCAGUAAGUGGGCAGACAUCGAUGCCUUGGCCAAGACUGGAAAGAGUAGCACUCUGAAGCCCGCUACCCUCCGAGACGCGAAGCAAGACAUUGUUCUCGAGUAUACCUACCCCCGCCUCGAUGCCGAGGUCAGCAAAAAAAUGAUUCACUUGUUGAAGAGUCCCUUUGUUAUUCACCCCGGCACUGGCCGAGUCUGUGUACCCAUCGACCCUAAAAAGGCCGACGAGUUUGAUCCUCUUGCCGUGCCUACCGUGAUGGAGCUCCUCGCAGAGAUUGAUGCAUACGACGCAAAACAUCCUCCUGGCACACAGGAGGUCGAGAUGCCCGAUUUGGAAGGAAGCGCAAUGAACUCAGAUGCCAAGAGUACUCGCAAGCUGCAGGAUUACGAGAAGACCCGUUUGAAGCCAUACAUUGAUCACUUCCGUUCUUUUAUUGCCGGUUUGCUCAAAGAGGAGCGUGUGGCUAAGCGGGAACGCGAAGAGACUGGGCCGGCUGUGAAGGCUGAUCCGAUGGAAUUUUGA